UAGUGCUCAUUUCAUCACGGAGUGUUUUUGUUGAUGCACGCGCGACUUCCAGCUACUUUUUGUUGGAAUAAUUCGAAGGAGUAAAAUAUUAAACGUGACAUAUGUUGUUGUGUAGUUAUCUAAUUAUCGAUUCAUGUAGCGAAAUAACCACCGGAACUGUCGCUGAAACUCGUAUAUUGAAGAAGGAGAACUUCAUUUUGAGUAAAAAUGGUUGACUGGAGUCCUAUAGCGAAGGUGUACGACCCGCUGAAAGCUGGCAGCAUCGACGGCACGGACGUGGAGCCUCAUGACCGGGCGGUGUGGAGGGCUAUGGGUGCCCGCUAUAAACCCAACAAAGGCGUUGUUGGAGACCCACUGCUCACCCUGUUUGUGGCCCGUCUGAACCCCCAGACAACAGAGGAAAAAGUGCACCAAGUGUUCUCCAAGUACGGAGACAUCCAGCGGCUCCGGCUGGUCCGGGACAUCGUCACGGGCUUCUCCAAAGGAUACGCCUUCAUUGAAUACAAGGAGGAGAGGUCUGUUGUCCGGGCCCGCCGGGACGCCAACAAGCUGGUGGUGGACCAGCACGAAUUAUUUGUGGAUUUUGAACAGGAGAGGACCCUCAAAGGAUGGGUCCCCCGGCGGCUCGGCGGAGGGCAGGGAGGGAAGAAGGAGUCCGGACAGCUGCGCUUCGGCGGCAGGGACAGGCCUUUCCGUAAACCCAUUAACCUCGGGGUCGGUCCGGUGCAGGAAUGGGGAGGUGGUGGAGGUGGAGGGAGGGAGUGGGACAGACCAGGGGCGAGAGACAGGGAGGACCGGGACCGACACAGAGAGGCCGAGUGGGACAGCAGAGGGAAGAGAGAUGACCGGGACAGAGGCAGAGAUAGGGAUGACCGCAGACACGGGGACAGGAGCAGGCACCGGGACAGGAGAUGAAGCCCAUAUUUACAAAACUGGAGCUCUGAUCUCACCCGGUUCAGAGGAAGUCUGUGACAGAUCCACAGUCCAGUUGCCUUCCUCAAAGUCAAGUGGGCAGUGAAGGAGAGUGUGACUGUUAGGACUUGUGGUUUGCACAAAGGGGAUUGGGCUAUGGAAAGAAUAAACAUUUAAAUUACAGAUGACCCUCUUAUGGGAUCAUGAUAUUGGUUUGGGUGUAGAGUGACAAGAUUCCUGGUUGAUGUAUGUCAGAUUGUACUGUAUGGUAACAGGAGGUCAACCUGGAGUGGCCAUUUUCAGCUGGUACUCUUAAGUAUUUCAGUAUUUCUGAGCGAAAUCUGACUUAUACAUGCGUUUGUAGUGUAAAUUGGGAAGUGAAACUACAACACUUCAUAAUAUAAAAUAAUUGAUGUUGUCAAGCAGUGUGAAGCCUUAUACACAGUAAAUAACACAAACUUUAAAAGCAGAAUCAAAUGGUCAAAAUGUCAUUAUUUUUACCAUACCUAUAAAGUACCUGCAAAUCAGAUUAAACCUGUUACACAUUUUCUGUCCUCAUAAAUAAGACCAGUCAGUUUCUGUUUUGAAAUCUGAGGCAUGCGUAUUACAGUGUUGAUUUUUUUGGAGCAUCAUACUUUGUAAAAAGCCACUGAGGAGGGCUUGUGCAACAUUGGUUCUGUACAAGAGGUAAGAAAACCAAAUAAACCAAUAAUAAUUUUAA